GCCGACUUUCCCUCACCUUGGACUUGUCAAACAUUUUUUUAACCAACAAUUUUUUUUGAAAAUUAUUUUGAGAUGAAAAUUGCGGUCGAAGGUUGUGCCCACGGCGAAUUGGAAAUAAUUUACGACACUCUGCAAUAUUUGGAAGAGAAGGAAGGCUUUAAAAUCGAUUUGCUCAUUUGUUGUGGCGACUUUCAAGCUUCUCGCAAUGAAGCGGACCUCCGGUGCAUGGCGGUGCCCCCUAAAUACUACAACAUUUGUUCAUUUUACAAGUAUUACACCGGGAUUAAAACAGCCCCAAUUCUCACGAUUUUUAUUGGGGGCAACCACGAAGCGUCCAAUUAUCUGCAAGAGUUGCCAUAUGGGGGCUGGGUGGCCCCGAACAUCUACUACUUGGGUUAUGCCGGAGUGGUCAAUAUUGCAGGUUUAAGAAUUGGGGGCAUUUCGGGGAUUUACAAAGGACAGGAUUACAUGAAAGGUCACUUUGAGCAUUCGCCUUACAGCGAUAGUUCAAAACGCAGCGUUUAUCACAUCAGAAAUUUGGAAGUUUUUCGGUUGAAACAACUGUCUCAACCUUUGGAUAUUUUUUUAUCACAUGAUUGGCCCUCGGGGAUCUGGCAAUAUGGAAAUGCGGCGCAAUUAAUACGUUUUAAACCUUUUUUCGAAGAAGAUAUCAGCAGAGGACAACUGGGUAGCAAACCAACCGAAGAAUUGCUAAAUCAUUUGAAGCCAGAUUAUUGGUUUUCGGCUCAUUUGCACUGUAAAUUUGCCGCAGUGGUGCCACACGAGUGUGGCAAAAUCACCAAAUUUCUUGCACUAGAUAAGUGCCUUCCUAAAAGAAGGUUUCUGCAAGUUGUUGAUGUACCUCAUGACACGAAUUUGGAAAAAAUUGAAAUUAGUUACGAUCUAGAAUGGUUGACUAUUUUAAGAUUAACAAAUCAUCUGCUAAGUGUUAAAAAUGUGACCAAUUAUUUACCAGGGCCUAGUGGCAAUGAGAGGUGGUGCUUUACUCCAGACGAGGAGGAAAAAUCGUUUACUUUGAACCUGUUUGGUGAUCUGGUGGUUCCAAACAAUUUCGAGAAAACAGCUGAAGGUUAUUCCGGUCAUAAGACUAAAAAUUUAACGCAACCAGUGCCAGUUUGUAAUUCACAGACCGUUUUGUUUUGUAAAAAAUUGGGAAUCGAUGAUCCGUUGAAUUUAAUUCUUAAUUUAAGUACAAACUCUGCAAUUGAUCUUAGUGCAAAUAGUUUAGGUGAUGAUAGUGCAAGUAAGACAACACCGAGAAAAAUAGUCUUGGACUUGCCCCAACCAGUGAAUGAAAGUGUUCCAACGUUUGUGGACGAAACAAUUUCUCAACCGGAAUUGAACGAAACUGUUGAAGAAAUGGAAGUUCCGGUUGAGGAAAAAUCAAAUUGCGGUAAAGAAGUGGAAGUUCCGGUUGAGGAAAAACCAAACUGCGGUAAAGCGUUUAAGAGGAGGAAUGCGUCAAUGUAUCAAAAUGAUGUAAAUUGAUUUUUGUAAAUAAAGAUUGAAAAAGCC